GUGGGAGCUCCGGUUCUUCGCCGGUGACCUCCAGCGGUGGGACGCCCUCUCCUCUCAACCCCCUGCUCUCUCCAUCGUGCUCACCUCCUACGUUUCACUUGUCAGCGAGCAACAUCGGCGUGUCAUGCCCCGAGACCUACCUACACAACCUCAACGUGCCGCUCUACUACAAGAUUUGUCCUACGAGCUUCUUAAGACAACAGUCUCUCAUCUUUCCAAGCCAUGAAAAACUGGGAGGCACCAACCCACAGCUUUUACCCCACUUCAUGGUGGAUAUGCCAAAACUCUCUUCCCUCGGCAUAACCAAUCUGAAAAACGCUAAAGCUGAAGACAUAAACGGGCAAUGUCUACAAGUACCCAAUUCUGCUAGUCAAAUGCUGUAUGGAUUACAUGCAUCUGGAAACAUUUUCCCAUCAAGUCCCAUUGCUCGGGAAGCACUUAAUUGUUCUUUACAUCCUCCAUAUGGCUUGUACGGUUAUAACUUCUCUGUGCCAUCUAGACUGAUGAAUGCAGCAAGCCAUUUCAAAGUGAGUGACAGCAUUCCGGCUUCUUUGAGAGAUGGCAGAUGUAAUCACCCUAACUGGCACCCGACGAUUAACCAUUGCCUUUAG